AUUCAGUUUUUUUUCUCUUGUUGUGUUUGUUGGAAGCUGCUUCCUGUUGACUUCAGCUGUUUGGAGUUUCCAUUUACUAAACUUCUACAUUCUGAACCUUCUUCAGCUCUGAACAGAUAAUGAAACUCUGAAUGAUUUCAAGCACACACUUUGUCUAAUAAAUACAAUGACAAUUACAAAUUUAUUUAUAUAGCACAUUUAAAAAAACCCACAGGUAUACCAAAGUGCUUCACAGAACGAGUUAAGAGCAAUAAUAAAUACAAAUACAAAACACAAAAUGCAAAUAAAAUAUACUAACAGGCAGGUGACAUAACUAACCAAUAAUACACCAGGCAUAGUAGGCACAACCCGAAAGGCUGAAGGUUAAAACAUUAUAAACAUUAAUAAAGCGAAAAACAUAACGUACAGUACAAAUGCGGGCUCUAGGAGGCAGCGAAAGUAAGGCUAAACAAAUACGUUUUUAAUUGAGAUUUAAAAGAUUGAAUUGAAUCAGAUGCCCGAAUAGCUAGAGGGAGGUUAUUCCAGAGGUAGGGUGCGACAGCGGCGAAUGCACGGUCACCUCUGGUCUGGAGCCGAGAUCUAGGUCGCACCAGGAGCAUUUGGCUAGCUGAUCUAAGCGCUCUCCCAGGGGUAUAAAAGCUGAAGAGAUCCCUAAGAUAGCUGGGCGCGGUGUUAUUUAUGAUUUUAAAAGUGAAAAAUAAGAUUUUAAAAACAAUACGAAAUUUAAUAGGGAGCCAGUGCAUAAUAAUAAUAAUAAACUUCCAUCUUUCAUUCUUUAUACAGAUUGGACAGCUGUGGUUUGUCAGAGAUGAGCUGUAAUUAUCUGGCAGCAGCGCUCAAGUCCAACCCCUCCCAUCUAAGAGAGCUGGACCUGAGUGACAACGACAAGCUGCAGGAUUCAGGAGUGAAGCAGCUGUGUGGUUUUCUGGAGAGUCCAGCAUGUGGACUUGAAACUCUGAGAUUGAGGAGCUAUGGUUUGUCAAAGAUCAGCUGUGAUUAUCUGGCAGCAGCGCUCAAGUCCAACCCUUCCCAUCUAAGAGAGCUGGACCUGUGUGACAAUGACAAGCUGCAGGAUUCAGGAGUGAAGCAACUGUGUGGUUUUCUGGAGAGUCCAGGAUGUGUACUUGAAACUCUGAGAUUGAGGACCUGUGUCUUGUCAGAGAAGAGCCUUGAAUAUCUGGCAGCAGCACUGAAGUCCAACCCCUCCCAUCUGAGAGAGCUGGACCUGAGUGACAACAACAAGCUGCAGGAUUCAGGAAUGAAGCAGCUGUGUGGUUUUCUGGAGGGCCCAGCAUGUGGACUUAAAACUCUAAAGUCAGCAACCAUAUUUUAUUUGUGCUGAGAUGAAUAUGAUGUGAAAGUUGUGCUGACAGUAAACUGCAGACAUAAGGCUGAUAUUAUACUGAUCCACACUGAGGAUGUUCAUGGCAAAGUCUGCUUUCUUCUUCUCUGGUUUAGUCCACUGACCGUAGAAGAAUACUGUUCACAUUUCAAACAGUGAUACUCAACGUAUGGCCCGCGGCCCUCCACAGGGCACCAACCGGCCUGCUGACCUUUCCUAAUUCAGAGAGAGGGGACCCUGAUUAACUGUGUAACGUUCUUCUUCAAAGUUCUAAGUAUCAGACACAACAAUGAGUACUCAACAGCUGACUCUUUAGCAGGUCAAAGGUCACGGCACACAGCAAUCUGUAAAACAGUAAAGGUUUGGAGCAAGAAUUAUUGCACAUUUACAAACUAAGACUGCUGCUUGGCAUACUGGGUAAUCCGAGCUGCUCAGGUAUUGGUCUGCUAACGACUGUAAGAGGCUCUGUGGCUGCAGACCACAGAAGAACAGAAAAGAGAGAUGAAGAAUGUAGAAAAAGGCGAAGAUGAAACAGAACUCUAGCUACAGAGAGGAGCUGUGUCUGUGUGGGUGGGUCUCAGGCACCUCCGCCCACACAGUGACAGAGAAGCAAGUGAAGAGUAAUAAAUAAACACUUUAACAGCAGACAAAAUUUCAUAAGCUGAUGUACAAAUGUGUAGAAUGAUUGUGGCAGGUAUGGAAAAAGUUCCAUAAAGAUUGAAGCGUGUCUUUAUUCCUUUGCAUAUUCCAUAUUUUGUAGUGAGAGUUUC